GUCUCGCCCAGUCACCAGGGAGGGGGGGACCAUGUCCCAGCGGGUGAGGCGCAAUGGGUCCCCCACGCCGGCCGGCUCUCUCGGGGGCAGUGCGGUCGCCACGGUCGGGGGAGCCGGGAGUCGCCUGCAGCCCAUGAGGGCGACGGUUCCGUUCCAGCUGAAGCAACAGCAGCAGCAACAUGGCAGCCCCACGCGGAACAACGGCGGCGGCAGCGGCGGCAACAACGGCGGCUGCUGUGGUGGCGCCUCAGGCCCCUCAGGCGGCAGCGGCGGGGGCCCACGCACCGCCUCUCGCAGUACAAGCCCCACGCGCGGCGGCGGGAGCACGGCUGCGCGCACCAGCCCCACGGUGGCCACGCAGACGAGCGCGUCUGCGACGUCCACGCGGGGCACCAGCCCCACGCGCGGCACCGCUCCCGGGGCUCGCGGGAGCCCCCCACGGCCGCCGCCACCGCCGCCUCUGCUGGGCACCGUGUCGUCGCCCUGCUCAUCGCCCACCCACCUGUGGACCGGCGAGGUGAGCGCGGCCCCACCCCCAGCCCGCGUCCGGCACCGGAGGAGGUCCCCGGAGCAGAGCCGAAGCUCCCCGGAGAGGAGGAGCCCGAGCGCCCCGGUUUGCAAAGCAGGUGACAAAACACGACCGCCUUCUUCAAGCCCUUCCAGUAUUAUCCGCCGCACUUCCUCUCUGGAUACGCUUGCUGCUCCAUACCUUGCAGGGCACUGGCCUCGUGAUAGUCAUGGGCAAGCUGCGCCUUGCAUGAGGGACAAAGCUACACAAACAGAAAGUGCAUGGGCUGAAGAAUAUGCUGAAAAGAAGAAAGGAUCUCACAAGCGUUCAGCAUCCUGGGGCAGUACAGAUCAACUUAAGGAGAUUGCAAAACUACGUCAGCAGUUGCAGAGAAGUAAACACAGCAGUCGGCAUCAUCGAGAUAAAGAAAGACAGUCUCCAUUCCAUGGCAACCAUGCAGCUAUUAACCAGUGUCAGACUCCUGUUCCAAAGAGUGCACUUAUUCCAGUCAUUCCCAUCACCAAAUCAACAGGCUCCCGGUUCCGGAAUAGUGUGGAAGGACUGAAUCAGGAGAUUGAAAUAAUAAUUAAAGAGACUGGGGAAAAGGAAGAGCAACUUAUACCACAGGAUAUUCCAGAUGGCCACCGUGCACCUCCCCCCCUCGUGCAGAGAAGUAGCAGCACACGCAGCAUCGACACGCAGACACCUGGCGGGGCAGACAGGGGGAGCAACAACAGCAGCCGCUCGCAGUCUGUGUCCCCUACCUCGUUCCUCACCAUCUCCAAUGAAGGUAGCGAGGAGAGUCCUUGUUCAGCUGAUGACCUGCUUGUUGAUCCUAGGGAUAAAGAAAAUGGGAACAAUUCUCCUUUGCCCAAAUAUGCAACUUCACCAAAACCUAACAACAGUUAUAUGUUCAAAAGGGAACCUCCUGAGGGUUGUGAAAGGGUCAAAGUCUUUGAGGAAUGCUCGCCAAAACAACUUCAUGAAAUUCCAGCCUUUUACUGUCCUGACAAGAACAAGGUGAAUUUUAUUCCUAAAAGUGGCUCUGCUUUCUGCCUUGUCAGCAUCCUGAAGCCACUCCUUCCCACACCAGAUCUUACCCUCAAGGGCUCUGGCCACAGCCUGACAGUCACCACUGGCAUGACGACCACUCUGCUGCAGCCUAUUGCUGUGGCCUCCGUGUCUACAAACACGGAGCAAGACCGAGUCUCUCGAGGAACGAGUACAGUCAUGCCAUCGGCCUCUCUACUCCCACCACCAGAACCAAUUGAGGAAGCCGAAGGGUAAGUCCAAGCGCUUUGCGGCCAUUGUUCUGGAAACCGAGAACCUCCUCAGAUCACUUGACUCUGACGGCAUCAUGUGUUCCCAAUUGGCAGUAAUGUGCUCCAGCUUUCCACAGUGACGUGACAGUGAGACUUCUAGAAGAAAGCAGCCUCUCUGAUGGCUCUGCUCUGCUCAUGAAGGCCAACCCUCAGUUCUUAGCCUGCUUUUUCUUAAACACUGAUUGAAACAAGAAAGGUCUCAUUCUUUACUUUUGGAGGGCUGAUAUCUCAUUGCUUUUGUUUUCAAACUAGACUUAAAAAAAAAAAACUGAUCCCUGCAAACAUGAUUCCUGAAAGGAGACGUGAACGAUGCUGCAAAAACCAUCUUUUAUAUGAAAAUGACUAUUUUAUAAUACCAAUGUUACAUUUUCUGAAACGUAGCAAACAGGAUGUUCAAAAGAUUCUUUGGUGGCCUCUGUUUCUUGUUUCCCUUUCUAGAUAUGUGCUUUUCUCAGCUGUUUUCAGCUUUGGGACCAAAGGGAUUAAUCGUUGACAUUUUCCCAGUAAUCUUAAACUCAUGACUAUGUUCUUCUCCCAAACAAGAAUUGAUAGGUAAAUGCAUUGGACAAAUAUAUAUAAAAAGAGAUAAAAAGCAAUAUUAGUACAUUACGUGAUUUAUGUUUUUUGAUGUCAGAAGUUUGUGCUUUGGAUGAAAUGUUUGUAAAACUAACGUUUUCUUCACUACUCCCGUACACAUUUCACCAUGUGGUCAGAAAAAUUAUAGUCCGGAGACAAAUGCUUUAAUAUGUUCUCACCCAUCGUUGGAACUUGGUUUUAAAGUCACUUAUCCAAAAUGAAACUACCCAGUGUUGAUUGCUAGCUAGGAGUAAGGAGCCCCUUUCGUAUUCUGCAAAAUGUAUAUCACAUGAUCUCCCUCCUUUACCACAGAUACCAUUCUACCUUUAACCAUCACUGUAUCAUAGCCCCAAAAGAUCCUAAAGUGGCUGUGCAUGGAUUCCCUCCUUCGCUUUUGUGAUGUUGUUGUCCUGUGGAUUUGGUCAGGGUUAGUAGUUUGCCAGGAGUGUAAUCCAUUGAAUAGCAAUCCGUAGCUACAGAAUCUUGUGACUGACAUUUUCUUUAUGGUGGUUGGCACUGAGAUUUGUUGCCUACAGAUUUUGCUAGCUUCCCCCCCGACAUUCCACAUAGUGGGGAAAACAGACAAGGAUAACUUUGGAGCAUAAACAACAGGCAUCUCUGAAAAAUUCAUACAAUUUUGGAUUUGGGUUCAUCCUAAUACACAUCACUGCCAGUAUCCCAUGACAACAGGUAUUUUGUUUCUGGGUAUGUGGUGGUGACAUUAAGGAGCAGCUCUUUUUUUUAAAAAAAAAUGAGUUUCAGGAAACUGUUGAUAAAAAGCAUCCUUCUGAGAUCUUCAUAUACUAUCUUAUGAUGCAAUAAUUUAAUUUUCCUAUACAUAUUGUAGACAGAAUAAAGUCUUAAAUACUUAUAAAAGGAGAACUGCUUUGACAGUCAGUAUAUCACUUUGUCCAGACAUAGCUCAUUGAGGAAAACCUAGUGGUAGCAAUAAAUUCUUCUGAAAGGACUACCUUAUACUCAUUGCACCUUUAAAACACCUAAGCAUUUUAAAAGGUGCCCUGUAAGUUUAAAAUGGUGGUAUGUUUAGGUAAGUCAGAUAAAUUCAAACAUUUGAAUAAAUUUGUCAGGCUUUAGUUGGUAAGUCGGGUGAUUUUUGCUGCCUUUUCCAUCCAAAACUAAUUUACUUGGGACUUUAUAUUAUGGCUUCUAAAACAGUAAAAGCUUAGUUAUUCGGGGUCUCAAUUUUCUGUUUGGUGGUUUUUUGAGAACUUUCUCUACCUUCUCUGUUAUUAUGCCUCUUGAUUAUGCCAUUUCACCACUGAGCAUCUGCUCUAUCAGAAGUGCAGAAGGGAAGGUAAACUGAAUGGUGGAGGAGAAAGUUAAAAACAAGGUUAAAAAAAACCCUGAAACUUCAGUUUUAGGAUUACCUGAACUCUAUUACAUCUGUGCUCUUUUCCUUGCCUAAUACUUCAUCUUCUGUCUCCAUCCCUGCAAGUCACAGUGGUAUUUUACAACUAGAAUGCCACUUUGUAAACAGCUUUUCCCUUUUACUCUGUUGUGCAUGUUUGUCUAAUUCACACCCUCUGUGGCAUUCCAUAUAUCCUUAACCUAAAGUAAUUUAAAGUUGUAAUGGAAGAACAAGUUUAAGACUCGUUAUUUACAUAAUCUUAAAAACAGAACUUCUAGCCUAAUAUUUGGUUCUAAGGAGAAAGUGAAUUUGCAAGUAAAUGAAUUGUAUGACAACCAAACGGAUCCCUCAGGUUUGGGAAAAAUAGAGCCUGAGAUUUGAAAAAGUAAGGUACAAGGUACAAACAACCCUAACUGCCAGUGCCAAAGGGCUAAUUUUCAAACAUAUAAGCUUUAUUGCAGUCUUGAAAAAAUAUUAACUAUAGGUCCAUUCAGCUGUUUUAUUUAACCCUUAGUUCACAGGUGUCUAUUCUCAAUAGAAUGCGUAAUACUGUUUUCUACAGUUACAUCCCAUAGUUACUGUGUUAUUCUGUAGAAAACUGUAUAGAAGGUAAAAAAAUGAGAAUAGCUUCAUUGGGAAUAUAAUUUCAAAUUUUUAGAAAUUUAGAUUACUUCCAUUGCAGUGAAAGAGAUGGGUGGCGUGUAUCUUCAGCAAAAGGAGGAGCUAUUCUCUGGUUAUUAUUCACUUUGUCAAUCUUAUUUUCUACCUUAGACAGUUUCUUCCUUUUGAGGAUAAAACUUAUAUACAUUUACUGUUUCUGGUCAUGACUAAAUCUAUUACUUGUCAUGGCUUUUGUGAGCAAUUAUGUUUUUAAAAUACCCAUUUUACCUCUCUGAUUAAUAUGGUGAACAUGGUUGCCAAAAUUAUUUUGACCUGGCUUCUUCAUUUUGUUCAAAGUGUAUCUUAUAUUUAUGACAAGUUAAAUCAGCCUUUUAAAAGGUACUGUUACUAACUGUGGAGUAACUGGCAACAUGAAAGGCCUUAAAAAAAAAUUUUUUUUUUUAAUGGUUGGCUUUUACUGGAAGAAGGAAUAAAAAAACGGCAGAGUUUGUAACCUUCUAUAUGGCCAAGAUUAGGACUAGGUUGUCAAGAUUUUAUUUCUUUUGCUAAAAGAAAUAAAAAUUGCCACUACUGAGUUUACUUUCCUAUUCUAAACUUAAGAUUCAUUCCUUAAUGCUUGGAAUUUUGAUGUCUCAAGACUGGACCAGUGGAAGUGCUGGAUUUGCAAAAUAAAGCUAAGAAUAUUUAACUCCGCACUUUAAGGUUUAAGUUUUACUCUGCCUAAAUUAAUGAUAAGCAGAGCGGCCCUGAACGAUAUUUUGUUUAUACAAUCCUGUUGAAGAAUAUAAUUUGUGUUUUUUUAAACUCUUCAUCUUUCAUCUCUGUUGAAGCUGUGUAAAUCUUUUUAAAAAGCAAUUUUUUUAAAGUUUGUUUUUCUAACAAAAUUCUCCCCCCAAAAAUAGCAUUUCCAAUGGUGAUAAAUAUUGUUACUAUGUACUUAUGUAUUCCCUGUACCUGGACACUUGUUGCUGCCUCACAAGAAAAUAGAACUUUUAUCUUAAAAAUAAAGUGUCUGUUCUUCUUGAGUUUUUUUGUGUAUUUUUAUGAAUAUUGCCUCAAAAAUUCAAAAUAUAUUUCUUUUCAGACAUUUUGUAACCUGAAAUAACUUACAAAUAGUAUAGUCUCUUUCACAAAUUGAUAUAAAAAUGGGUUUUGUUAAGUAGCAGGAUAUAUAAUAUUGUCAGUUGUUAAUUGCUUUUUUGCUACCUCCUUAAUUGCUCUGGUACUGGAAAUACUUAAUCUUUGUGGCAAGCAUUAAAGUAUAAGCAAACACACUGAAAGACAUAUAUUUUGUUAAGUAAUUCAGCACCUCACAGUUCGUUAGAGAUGGCUUAACUGGUGUAGUCACUUAAGUUCAUUCUGAAGUAUAUAAAGAGGUUUGUUUGUUUCAUGCUGGUAAUUCAUUCUUGCUAAAGUAGCCAUAUGCUUCCUUUGUGACAGUGGUUUAUAUAUGCGAGAUAAUUGUUUAUCCUGAGGGGUUUAGUCUGUAUCCACACAAUGGUGGAGCUGUUCAGAUAUGCCCCUAGUGAAGACUACACUGUAAUCAUUUAGAAAGCAGGGACACAUUUUAAGUGAAGUAAAAAGUCGCCACAGCUGUCAGUCAUAAAAAAUGUUCACUAAAUAACUUUGUUAAAAAUAUUUUAGAUUAUUUCUGGGAGGAUAAAUUAACCAGAGUUUAACCAAAACCAAACCCAUUGCCGUCGAGUCGAUUCUGACUCAUAGCGACCAUAUAGGACA